GAGAAAGCAUCGAAUGUUCACCGACACGCCGCAGAGGCAAAGAGCCUCGUCCUCCUCCGGAUCGCAUUGCGAAUUCGAUCGUCGUCACUGGGUCUCGCUCGUGCGGGCGUCGUUCCCGUGGCGAGGACAUAAAUUCGCUGCGAAUCGGGAAUUGCUGGAGCCUUCGGGGGCUGGGAUCGGCUCGGCUCGGCAGUAGAGCGAACAGGGUAGGGGCGAGCGAGCGGGCGGCAGAGAUUUUGGAAAGGAUGGCGCAGAAUGGUGGAGCGAGGGAUUACAGAGAUGGGUGGGCAGCGGCGGAUAUCUUUGGCAGGGAGUUCUCGUACACUUACGAUGAUAUUAUUAUGCAUCCGGGGUACAUUGAUUUCCCGGCAGAUGUGGUGGAUUUGAGCUCGCAGCUGAGUAAGAACAUCACUCUGCGGACGCCGUGCGUUUCGUCGCCCAUGGACACGGUGACGGAGACUUCCAUGGCGGUAGCCAUGGCAGCUGUGGGUGGGAUUGGGUUCGUGCAUUACAACAAUUCGGCCGAGGAGCAGGCGAAUAUGGUAAAGAACGCGAAGAGUCAGAGAGUCGGGUUCGUGUCGGAGCCCGUGUGCUUGAGACCCUCUGCCACAGUCAGCGAAAUUGAUUCUCUGAAGGCUCGAAAGGGAUUUUCCUCUGUUUUAAUCACCGAAGAUGGCACCCUGAAUUCGAAGCUCCUCGGAAUUGUGACGAGCAGAGACAUUGAUUUCGUUUCAGAUAGGAAGACGGAAGUUGCUGAGGUCAUGACCACGGACCUUGUCACUGCUACGGCAGGCACCAGUUUUGAGGAUGCUUCCGCAGUACUGAUCAAAAGCAAGAAGAGUCUGUUGCCCCUGGUAGAUGACAAUGGCGAGGUUGUUGAGUUACUCUGCCGAACCGAUUUGAAGCGUAGGUCUACCUACCCCAAGCUCGGAGCUCCUUCCCUGGGCAAGGACGGGAAACUCCUCGUGGGGGCUGCGGUUGGAACUAGAGAAAGUGACAGGCAAAGGUUGGGGCUUCUGGUGGAGGCCGGCGUCAAUGUCGUCAUUCUCGACAGUGCGCAGGGAAAUUCCAUUUACCAAAAGGAGAUGAUCUCGUAUGCUAAGAAGGCACAUCCGGACAUCGAUGUCAUCGGUGGCAACGUGGCCUCCUCGCAUCAAGCUAGGAACUUGAUUGAAGUCGGUGUCGACGGACUGCGAGUGGGAAUGGGUUCUGGUUCGAUCUGUACUACCCAGGAGGUGUGUGCGGUUGGACGAGGACAAGCCACAGCUGUGUAUCAAACAGCCAGAAUGGCCAAUGUGGUUGGCAUUCCUGUGAUCGCCGAUGGAGGUAUAUCAAAUUCAGGCCACAUUGUCAAGGCUCUGACCCUAGGUGCCUCUACUGUUAUGAUGGGGAGUUUUUUGGCCGGAACGGAGGAGGCUCCAGGCGACUAUUUCUAUCAGGAUGGACGCCGACUAAAAGCGUACAGAGGAAUGGGUUCACUCGAAGCUCAGGCCAAAGGAAGUGACACUCGUUAUUUGGGCGACAAGUCUCAAAUGCGGAUAGCUCAGGGUGUUUCUGGAACUGUAGCGGAUAAGGGAUCAGUUCUCCGUUUGGUUCCGUUCACCAUGCAUGCAGUGAAGCAGGGCUUCCAGGAUUUAGGCUUGCAGAGUAUUUCAGCAGCUCGAGGAGCUCUUUCCUGUGGAAACAUCACAAUGGAGGUACGCACCGGGGCGGCUCAAAUCGAAGGUGGUGUCCACGGCCUCGUAUCAUAUGAGAAGAAGCGAUUUUGAGAAAAUAGGAUGACCUACGUUCUGACUGUACAUUAGUCUAUCUGACAAGCAUCGCCAGGCCCACGAAGAGCGUGAGAAGCCUUCAAUUUUGUACACGGAUCCAUUUUUAAGAAAUUUGAAGAUAUUGUUGGAAUAUCUUUAUGUCUUCCCUUCCACUACGAGCGAUUCCGACUGGACAGGAGAAUUGACUGGGACCUGCAAACAUAUGAAGCCGCAAGGUCUGUUGUCGACCUAUUUUAACCUUCCUGAAGAAGGAGCUUGGAAGAUGUCAAAUGACUUGGACUCCAGCUUUGGCUUUUCAGAACCAACUGUAUUUGUCAUGUCUAGUGCCAAGUCUGUAUUAGAACGCCCUGUAGCAUAGGUUAGUAUAUCAUAGUGAUUCGAGACUACUGCCACCCUUCUAGUGAGUCCAGGGCAAAAUAAAAGCCUUGUGCAUGGUGGAAAUAGAUUACCAUAUACAACAUGGCCAGGCCACCGCAAUUUGUUGGUCAUGCUAUAGGUAGUAGGUGUCCCGAGUUUAGUGUCAUUGUCGUCAACAUUGUCCACGCAGCGCUCGAGAAAUGCCUGAAAAUUUAUUUGUACAAGUCGAGGUUCAAGAUUUUUCGCCCCUUGGAUGGAUAGAUACAUUGUUCUGAACAGUUUUUGUACAUGUAAGAUUUCGCUUGAAGAGUCUCUGACGAUAUGCGACAAGUGUACAUAGCUAAUAUUCGUCAAGGACGGAAGGCCACUGAGCUCUGACAGAGAACCCUUUGAUGUGUUCAAGCUUUGUGGACAUAAGAGGAUUGCCAUGCGGAAUUCGAAUAAGUAGCUUACUAGUACCUGCUCGAAGCUUUCUUCUCGGAGGGGAGAAUGCUUGUCGUAUCUGUUUAAUAAGCUGUCUGUGCCUUUGCUGUAUACUACGAUCGAAUGGGUACUUAGUGCUCAUGACGAGCGCCUCUUGCAACAGCAGUAAGCGUGACUGAGU